AACGUUAGUUCAUUAGCAUUUUGACGUUGGUGACAUUUAAAGGUUAUGUUUUUUAAUCUUUAAGUUCCUUAGGUGGUUUGGUGUCAACAUUUAUUUAUAUAGGAAAUGAACGCUAUAGGCUUAAGUAUGAUUAUGAAAAUGGGAUGCUUAUGCAGAAGAGAAACAAUAAAUAUAAAUGGAACAAAGUAUAUAAUUGUUGAACGUCUAGGAGAAGGAGGCUUCAGUACUGUAGACUUAAUAGAAAGCAAGUCCAACAAACGUAAAUAUGCAUUAAAAAGAAUGACUUGCCAUAGUAUAGAAGACCAGAAGAAGGUGCUUCAAGAAAUUGAGUAUCUAAAGAAGCUAAAGCAUUCAAAUAUUAUGGAACUUAUUGAUUCUACUUUUAAAGGCUCAGCAGAUAUUGUUGUGAAUGCAACAUCAGAUGCUCUUAUGGUACUGCCUUAUUACCCUAGGGGGACUUUACAUGACCAUUUAGGUAUUAAAUCUUUAGAGAAAGAGUACAUGAGUGUAGAGGAAAUAUUUAGAAUAUUUUCGAAUAUUUGCAGUGCUGUGCAAUAUUUACAUGAACUUAAACCAGAGCCUUUGGCACACAGAGAUUUGAAAACGGCGAAUGUCUGUUUCACGGAUAAUUUUACGCCUACUUUAAUUGAUUUUGGAUCAAUGGCACCAGCAAGGGUGCAAGUGUGUGGUUCACAAGAUGCUCAGAAGUUACAGGACAUUGCAGCGGAGCAGUGUUCAGUUCCAUAUAGAGCUCCAGAGUUGUUCAAUGUGGAGAGUUACUGUGUUAUUGAUGAAAGAACAGAUAUUUGGAGCCUGGGAUGUAUACUUUACGCCAUGUGCUAUUUUAUGUCUCCAUUUGAUUUAGUUCAUAUGAGAGGUGAUUCUGUGGCUUUGGCAGUGUUGUCUGGAGGAGUUCACUUUCCGGAGGAUUCACAUUAUCCUGGAGAUAUACACGAUUUAAUUUUAUAUAUGUUGAAUACGAAUCCGGCCGAUAGGCCAUUCGUGCAGAAUGUCAUCGAAAAGACCAAUUUUGUUGCUAACAAACUUGGCAACGUAGCUUAAGUAAACAAUUUAUAUUAUAUAACCAUUUUAUAUAUAUGAGAGAUAAAUAUUAACAGAUAAUUUAUUUAUGGACAAUUAAAGAUAACAUUCCAAUUUUA